AUGUCUGACCAGGAGGAGGCCCUGGAAGAGUGUGAACAGGAGCAGGAAGAGGAGGAAGACUGGAAAGAGGACGAAGACGAUGAGCAGGAAGAACAAGCAGAAGAGGCCGAAGGUGAAGCUGAAGGUGAGGAUGAAGCUGAGGAGACCAAUGUGGAAGGAGAUGCACAAGAAGAAGAAGAAGCUAAAGAGACUGAAGAUGGCCCAGUGGAGGAGUCCAAACCCAAGCCUAGACCGUUUAUGCCCAACUUGGUGCCACCCAAGAUCCCCGACGGAGAGAGAGUGGACUUUGACGACAUCCACCGGAAGCGCAUGGAGAAGGACCUGAACGAGCUGCAGACGCUGAUUGAGGCUCACUUUGAGAACAGGAAGAAGGAGGAGGAGGAGCUCCUUUCCCUCAAAGACAGAAUCGAGAAGCGGCGGGCCGAGCGGGCGGAGCAGCAGCGCAUCAGGAAUGAGCGGGAGAAGGAGCGCCAGACCCGCCUGGCUGAGGAGAGGGCCCGGCGAGAGGAGGAGGAGAACAGGAGGAAGGCUGAGGACGAGGCCCGGAAGAAGAAGGCUUUGUCCAACAUGAUGCAUUUUGGAGGCUACAUCCAGAAGACUGAGCGGAAAAGUGGGAAGAGGCAGACGGAGCGGGAAAAGAAGAAGAAGAUUCUGGCUGAGAGGAGGAAGGCGCUGGCCAUCGACCACUUGAAUGAAGAUCAGCUGAGAGAGAAGGCCAAGGAACUGUGGCAGAGCAUCUACAACCUGGAGGCAGAGAAGUUCGACCUGCAGGAGAAGUUCAAGCAGCAGAAGUAUGAGAUCAAUGUUCUCCGAAACAGGAUCAACGAUAACCAGAAAGUCUCCAAGACCCGAGGCAAGGCCAAAGUCACUGGGCGCUGGAAGUAGAGGCAGCAGCCUCCUUAAAGGAUGAGCCUCCUUCACCAGAGAUGUUCUCCUGGCCAUGUCCCUGUCCUGCAUGUCCCCAGCGCCGGGCCUCCUGGGCACCCGAGGGAACUCCUCGUGGAAGCUCCUCGUGGAAGCUCCUCGUGGAAACCAGGGGCUGGCCCAGCGGAAGCCACUGCCCGCGCCCCGCCCCACACGCCCCCACCACACCACUAAUAAAGAGUCACCA